AUGCAGCAAAUCCGAGACUUUGUGGAUGACAACACAGAGGUUGUCCCUGAUGGUAUAAUUUGGACGCCUGAUCCUUACAGCGAGUUCUCUCUGUCAUCAGCUCAUGAAGCGAUGCGAUAUAAGGCAGCGUCAUGCCUUUCAUCCAAGUGCAUUUGGGGUGGAGGGAUCCCGUCCAAGGUAUCUUUGUUUAUGUGGAGGUUGCUUCGCGCCUUUCUCCCUUUCCCAGAUGUUAUCAAGAGGUUUAAUGUCUGCUUGCCCUCGGUUUGCGCUCUUUGUCAUCAAGCCUCGGCGGAAUUAGAGCAUUGUCUAUAUCAGUGCAAUUUUUCCAAGCAUGUAUGGCGUCACUUCCAGGGUAUUUUUGGUGCAACAAUUGGUGCAUCCUCGUUGCGCACGGAAUGCCAUGCUUGGUGGCUGCUUGCGCCCCCGGGCUCGGUGGUGGACUGGUAUGCUAAACUUGUGUCGUGCCUCAUUCUUUGGCAUCUUUGGUGUUCAUACAAUCAGGGGGUCUACGGAGAUGGCUCUCACUCGGUUUCCCAGACGCUCAGUCGAAUCAAACAGGACCUUUUCUUGGUAGCUUCCACUCGGACAAUUCGUCGUUUGGGACCGGGAAACGAUUUCCUCCUCACAGCCGGCUUUUUGAGACGGUUCCACACGCCGCCUAUCAUGGUUACCAUCUGGGUUAAAUGGAUGACACCACCUUCGGGCAGACUCAAGCUUAAUACUGAUGCGACCUAUGGGGCUGCUGGGGUUGCAGGAGGGGCAUGUUUGCGAGACUCUCGUGGGUAG